GUUCCUUUCACAUAGUGCGACUCGAUACACUGAAUCACCAUGUCUUUCCAGCUGCACAGUGCCCCGCCUUUCCGGGCUGAACACAUGGGCUCCUUGCUCCGGCCCCAGAAUCUACUGGAGGUGCGCGAGAAGAUCCGUGACACCGGUAUCUCCGAAGAGGAGGCCGGGCUGCACGCGGUCGAGCAGCAGACCGUCCGGGAUGUGGUCCAGCUGCAGCGUGAUCUGGGCUACAAGGCCGUCACCUCGGGCGAGUUCAACCGGACCCGAUUCUGGGGGCAGAUGUGGGAUGAGUUUGAGGGAACCGUCCGUCUGCAGGAUGCAGAGGCCUCGAUGUUCCGCCUGUACCACCCUGACGUGGUCAGCUUGAUCGAGAAGGACAGGAAGGUGAUGCCAGGGGACUCGGUCAUCGCCGGCGGCAAGCUGUCGUGGAGCGCGGCCAAAUCCGUGUCCAACCUGCACGAACUGAAGCUGGUACAGCAGGCGCUCCCGGAAAGCGAAUGGGGCAACAUCAAGCUGACCAUGAUCACGCCCGCCUGGUUCCACAUGCGCUACAAGCAGGGCAAGGCCUACAGCCCGGAGGCGUACGCCAACGACGCGGAGUACUUCCACGACGUCGCCAAAGUGUACCAGGCCGAGCUGAACGCCUUGUACCAGGCUGGCCUGCGCAACGUCCAGUUCGACGAUCCCGGUAUGGCGUACUUCUGCUCCACAGCCUUCCGCCAGGGCUGGGCUGAGGACAAGGACAACGUCGGCUCCGUCGAGGACCUUCUUGAUGCGUACAUCCAGCUGUACAAUGACUGUCUCAAUGGGCUGCCCGAGGACUUCCACACCGGCAUCCACCUGUGCCGUGGGAACUUCAUCGGAGGACGCCACUUCGCCGAGGGCUCCUAUGACAUUAUCGCCAAGAAGCUGUUCGAGGACCUCAACGUCCACACCUUCUACCUCGAGUAUGACACUGAGCGCGCGGGCGGCUUCGAGCCCCUCAAGUUCCUGCCCAAGAACAAGAACGUCGUCGUCGGCAUUAUCAGCACCAAGCUCCGUGAGCUCGAGGACAAGGACGCCAUGAAGGAGCGCGUGUACAGGGCCGCCGAGUACGUCAGUGCCGGCAGUGGCGAAUCCCGAGAGGAGGCCCUCAAGAGGAUCUGCGUCAGCCCCCAGUGUGGCUUCAGCACCCACGAGAGCGGUUAUCCUCUGAGCCUGGAUGAUCAGAAGAAAAAGCUAGGCUUAGUCCGCCAGAUCGCCGACGAGAUCUGGGGUCAGCCGUGAGCAUGUGAUCGCGGGUGAAGCAGCAGGAGUUGUGGUAUUUUCUGGACAUUUCAACAGCGACGGAAAUCUUUGACGAUGUGACAUGACAUAUGUAUUCAACAAACGUAACGACGAGGGCUUCGGGCAGUAUGUAUAUAUUAGGAUAAGGGGAGCGCCGAGCCGACCUUGAAUGAUAAAAUAAUCGAC